AUAUGAUGGUCACUUAUGUCAAUACGAACCGACUAUUGUGUGAUAAAAAUUGCCUAGAUCUGUAGAAUGUAAACAGUUUUAAAACAUUCAAGGGUACGUGCAGUGGAGCCAAAUUUUAUUUAAAUAUUUAUGUGAUGUGAUUUGAAAAGAAAUGUGGUAGCAUGGAAUAUUGUCGGGGUGGUCUGCGAAGGUUGUGGAAGGGAAUUGGACAAUUUUUUGGUGUUGAUGAUAAUAACGAUGAAUACCUUUCAUCUUGGAGAGAAGCUUUUCAGGAACGAGUAAAGAAUGGUGAUGUCGGACUUUCCUUUAUGCAUGCAGUUUCUAGUACAAAUUUUCAAAACCAAAGAGAGAAAGUAGUUAGUCAAUUAGAAAAAUCUAUGUCACAGAUCGUUAUGGAUACAGAUAAUGUUGGAAUGUCAGACCAUUUGCUGAGUCAAUCAUCACACUUCCUUAUCAGUCCAGAUCAUAUUGAUAAAGUUCAAAGUGAACUCUUUGAAAGGAGCCUAACCGAAAUUUCAGAAGCUCAAGAUCCUGUGCAAAGUGACCACCAUAGCAAUGACCAUGAUCCCCAGUAUCUAGACCUUGAGCCUGAGUUAUCUAGCAAUGAUUCCCAAGAAAGCACUGAAAGAAUUGCAACAAGUGAAAAUGUGAAACCUUGCCAAUCGGUUCAAAGUUUAGAUGUUGGAUCAUUCAAAAGUGUUAUGUCUACAUUCAGCCAAGCGAAUUCGAGCGCAAAAGAGUCAAAGAGUAGUAACAGCGAACAUUUUUAUAAUGCACAUGAAAAUUUCAACCAGUCUGCACUGGAAAACGAAAAAAAAUCAUCAGUUAACACAAAUGCGAAGAAAAUAAAUUUGAAUAAUCACAAGUCCCCAAAUUCUCAAAAUAUUAAAAAAGAUCUAUCAAAUUUAGACAUUUUUAAAAACAAUACAUCUAAAUCAACAAGGUUUUCGAAUCGCGUAAAAGAAAUAAAUCACAGUAGAAAUGCUGUUUUUCCAAUAAAUACUAGAUCAGAAGUUAAGGACUAUGAAAAUAAAAACAACAAUGUGAAAACAGAUGAUGAAGUGUCCACAAAUCAAUCUGAAAAUAAAACUGAUGCCAUUGAAGGGAAAAGUGAUAUUAAGGAACCAUCACACCAGUCUGAAAGUGUAAAUAGCAAUCCUGACAGUAACCAAGAUACAGGAUUCACUAAAGAAGAUAAUACCAUACCUCAUACAGAAACAAGGGUUGGAGCAAACGGCCCUAUCUUAUUAAAAACAGGAUUGUCUGUGUGUAACAAAAGCCAGAAUCUAAAAGCUAAAAAUUCUGUCCAAUUCCAAUCAGCCAGUGCAGUAGAUCUAGGAGCUAAUCAAAUCAAAAGAAGUGUAGCAUCUAAAACUAGUUCCUUUAGCAGGUUAAAGGGCCAUCCUUCAACAUUUUCAAGUUUUUCUAAGGAUGGUGGCUUAGUAGAAGAAGAAAAUGUUCGUUUGACAGGAACAGAAGCAUUAAAAUAUUAUAAACAGUUUACAUCACUUGAAAAAGAACUAAAAAUUCAAGAGUUAAAGGAUAUGAAGGACUGGGUGAUAGAAAAUUACAAAUGGCGAAUAGAUAUUGUUAAUCAGCUUUCUGCUACAGCAAAAGCAUACUAUAGCAAUCCUCAAGGGGAGGUAAGAAAGAUAUGGAAGGAUCUACAACGUGAUAUAAAACAGAAGAGUUUGCAUAGCUUAACAGAUACCAGAUUUAAACAGGCUGAAUUAAAACAAUUCAUACCAUAUUUUACAUAUCUUAUUGUUUUUGUUCACAUCAUGACAUUUUGUGUAAUAACAUCAAUUGGCGGGGUGACGUCUAUAGGGUUAGAACAAAGUCUUUAUUUACAAGAAAAUACUAAAACUUUUAUUGGUACGGAAACAAUACAUCAUUGGGCAACACCUAAUAUAUGGAUUGGGCCAGACAUGGAAUAUAUGAUUAAAGCAGGUGCUGUAUAUGCACCAUGUAUUAGAAGAGACUAUAGUCUACAGAUAGAAUAUUUGAGACAAUAUGUAGUAUCACAGACUCUAGGUUGUUGUGAAGUAUUAAUAAGAAAUACAGCUGGUACAACAACACAAGAUGAAUGUGAUAAAUAUACUAAUGGUGUAGGGUCUUGGAGAACUGGAGUACCCUGUAGUAAACGACCAUCAGGUCAAAAUUAUGUUGCACAUAUAUUGCAUCCAUGUUGUGUUGGUCUAAAAGCUAAAUGUCAGUUGAUAUCACACGAACAUUGUUUAUUUCUUGGUGGAACUUUUCAUAAAGAUAUAGAUCACUGUACACAGGUUAAUUGCCUCAAUGGCCUGUGUGGGUUUACUGGGUUAUCUGAAUCUACAUCAGAUGGUUUUCCAGUCUCUCCAUAUCAAGCUUGGCGGGUUUUUGUAGCUUUAUUCUAUUGUCAUGGAGUUAUCCACCUUAUUUUGAUCUUGUUUGUGGAAUGGCUGAUUAUGAGGUCAGUUGAAAGAUCAUCUGGAUGGUUACGUUUAAUGCUGAUAUUCCUAAUUUCUGGAAUGACUUCUGUUGUGGCAGCAUCCAUUAUAUCUCCCUAUUUACCCCAAGUUGGUAGUACUGGUGCUGUAUUCGGUGCAGUAGGUGUUUCAAUCAUCGAAGUCAUUCAAGCAUGGAAAAUUAUCAACAAACCAUGGAAAGAAUUGAUUAAAAUUAUCAUUGUCAUAACUUUCUUUCUGAUUUCUGGCUUGUUGCCACUGGUUAGUAAUUUUGCCAUUUUGACAGGUAUCACAAUGGGGAUAUUUUCCUCCAUGUUGCUUCUGCCAUAUAUAACUUUAGGAUUAUAUGAGCGCCAAGGAAGAAUAGCAUUAAUCAUUAUUUCUAUUCCUUUAUUAUUUAUGAUGUUCUUUGUAAUAUUCUAUACAUAUGUUAAAGUUCAAAAUGUUCAACUUUGUAAAGGUUGUCAAAAUUUUGAGUGUGUUCCAUUCUCAGAUAAAAUCUGUAGCUAUCUCUAAAUUAAUACUUGUUGGUAGUUUUAGGUUUGUUCAAAUAAUUUAUUUUAAAAUUUCUUUCUGGGAUUAUUCAUAUACAAUGUAUCAUACAUUAAAUAUCCCUUUUGUUUAUACUGAUCUUGUUAAACAUGCAUUAUGCAGGAGCUAAAUCUGUCUAUUGCAGGUCUUUCUUUAGGCCUGAAAUGUUAUCUAAAUUAUUAAUUAGACAUUAAUUAACUUAUCCAGACCAUAAUCAACUCUAGAUUGUAUCGCUAGCCUGCGAUCUUUAGUGGAUUAUGAGCCGAUUUACUGCAUAACUUUCCUUCAGGAUUUAACGAUUAAAUGUAUAAUCGAGACUAUGCUGUUUAUCGUACUGACUUUAGUAAUGAUGAUCGAGGCUAGGCGGAAAUUUCAAUUGCUUAGUUCUCGGUUCAUAGUGGAUCAAUUUGAAUGAAAUUUUCAGCAAAUUGCCUUUCUAUUAUCUAGUUUUUAACUAUUAUAGUGAGAACUGCUAACUCAUUAUUGAAUCUCCCAUAAUGUAUCUUUAACUAAAUUCAAAUUUUAAACUUUUAAAUAAUUGUUUGAACGUUGAAAGUAAAUCAUGUACUAAGAGUAUAGCUAGUUUGAAAGUUUUAUAAUUUAAUUUAAGACCUGUUACAUUUAAAUUUAUAAAAUGUUAACUAUUUCUUUUGCG